GUGUGUGUGUGUGUGUGUGUCUGUGUGUCUGUGUGUGCGCGCGCGAUGUCGGCCCCACCAUCGAAUGGCGAUGCACAGGCCAUCGGCCGUCUGCAGGCCGACUUGGACGGUGCGAUGGGUGUCAUGUGCGGCGCUCGGGGCAAAGCGGAAGGGGCGAGAAUUUCCAGCGUGACAACAUGCGCAACAUGGCGGAGCGGGACGGGCAGCUCCAUGACCUCGAAGGCAAAAGCAACUCCUUGCACAUGGCCUCGGGAACCUUCAGCGCGCACGCCACAAGGCUCCGCAAGGAGCAAGAGUGGCAGAGGUGCAAGACGCGGAUUGCAAUCUUCACCGUAGUUCUGAGUCUGGUAUGGCUGCUGAUGCUUUGGCUCAUGGCAGGCAAGAGGGGCACUUUCGUUCUGGUGAGUGCCGCGGUCCUGUUAGUCGUCCUGCCCAUCGCUUGGAUUUGCGUGAGGCGCUGGCGACGGUUGGAGGAGCAGGAAGGCUUCCGUGAGGCACCUGACGCUAUUUGACAGGAUGCAGCGCCAGGCCGGCUGCGGAGCAGCAAUCUUGGCAACUUGAGUUGAAGCUUUGCCAUGGGCCAUCUGUAUAGCCAUGGCUGUAAAUCAAUUCCUGCACAGGAGAGCGGGCAGGGAAGCGAAGGAACCGGCUCAAG